AGAAUUAGCGGAAACAACCCACAAACAAUCGAACAGUUGGAAACUCAGUGACCCACUUAUUGCCCUUUUAAUGACCUCAGCAGUUGCGAGCGCCGUAAAACCCUAUACUAUACAUUUUAAUGGGUCCUCUUUUUUAGACACCCAGUACUUGCCCUAAGAUCCCCUCAACGCCGCAAGAUUUGUGCUCAAGAUUUGCGAGCUGGAAGACACUGGUGUGCGUGACCAUAAGAUGACAAGGGUCUUAUGAAAAAUAAGUUCACUCCAUCCCAAACGAUACAGGCGGACACCAAGGGUGCCCUUAUAACUCUAGGGGCCUUGAGAGACGAGAUAUAAAAAACGCAACUGGAAUUAGUGCACAGUUGGGUGAUACCAGAGAGGAUUUACAGUAACAGUUGUAUUUCUGUAAAACUGCCUAGUGAUACACUGAAGACAAUGGGAGCGGUCACAUGAGCGACAGGCGUUAUUUUCAGUCCUGGCAUAGGGCUAGCAGACGUGAGUCGCCCUCAUUCUGCUACGCCGCAAUACACCAGCGUUUUCGUGAAGCACGCAGGUCAAGGGACAUUUACUGCUGGCGCUUUCCUACAAUAGUUGCGUUGGGUUGUUAUUUUCGCAUCUCAUUCAACACGACAAUAUUCCCACCAUGACCAAAGCCACCCUGACUCUCCAAUCGUCCAUGUUGAACUGAGCAGUAGCCUAGCAUUAAAUUACCCCGUGUGGCUGCCACAUAAAAGUAAACGACACUUUCUGCCCAGAAUUUACUGCGCGACAAUUGUAGCUCGCCUGUCAAGGCCCUAAUAAAGACCACGGACCGAGUCAGAAAAGAGAAUAAAAGCCUUUUCUUAGAUUUGAACGGGUAAAUCGGGCUUAAAUUGUGAUGAUAUGAAACAAAUCCACCUAGGGCCUAGGCUAGCUAGAUACACGACACACUCAAGCGACACAGUCAAGCCUGGGCGCAAGUGGGGGGAAAGGAGGUGGGGGGAGGGGGGGCGUUGUUCCUGCCUAGCAGACAACCUGGUUUUGAAGGCUGUUUUAUUCACCUUGAUCUAGAGUUUUGUGUCGCGUCAUGGUUCAUGGGCCUGGGGUCAACAUGGUUCGAGAACCGGUUGCUGACUGGUGCAGGCGACACGUCGGUCUACAUUGGAAGAUCCAGAGAGAGUUUAAAUGGGUGGUGUGUUCAGAAAAAAAUACAUUAACGUGUGUGGAUUUCGGUCAAGGAUUGAAAUGUAGUAAUAUUCAUCCAGGAUAACAAUCAUACCCUCCGAGUCUUGCAGAUAAUUAUCAUUACUGGAUCCUGUGUGUUUCUGUUGGUCCAUGGAACAGUGUAUUAUGUGUAGGGCCCAGGCUGGCUGGUUUUCUCUUUAGACAGUGACCUCAUUUAUUGUCCCCGACUGCAGUCAUUUGUAUUUAAAAUAGCGGGUUGCAGAAUUUCAAACCAAGAUUGUUUCAAAUUUAGUUCUCAUGAAAAUAAUAAUACAAGAAAAUUAGUGUUCUUUCACUCAGCUUCCGUGUUCAUGUGAAACAAAGAUAACCCCUUGACGGUCGAUAGGAAGUCCACCUCGGUCGUUUGACACUGUCAGACAGCUGAGAGGUAGGGGCACAAGAAAUAUAAACUGCAACACAACUGUUACACAACAAUUACUUAAAAACCUGAUCUGUAUGCCUAAAAUAAAAAAUAAAAGAUUGAUUAUAUGUAUGGGUUUUAUUAAGAAGAAAACUACCUGUUUAACUGCUUGAACGAAAAGCGUCGAAAUUGUGUGCAUAUUAUAUUUGUGAAUUUAAAUUUAUAAAACACCUUCUAAGACCUAUCCAGAUCUCUUCUGGAUCAAUUUAGGUUUGCAGAUUAUUUGUCUCAAAUUUGUGAACGGAUUCCUCUGAUUUGGAAGAAUGGGAGCUAUUUGCUCGUGCUUUGCUUCGGAGGAACCUGAUGCCGAUGUAGCCCGUAAAAUUGUUGUCAUCGGUGAUGGUGCCUGUGGGAAGACAUGCCUCAUAUACAGUGUAUGCAGUGAAACUAGCCUCGACAACGUGAAGAGACUGUGGAUCCCCGAGAUGAGAAACUUCAGUAAAGAUGUACCCCUUCUGUUGGUCGGAAACAAGUCGGAUACGAGGGAAAACCCAAAUUCAGUCCCACCAGGUUCAAAGUUUGUGUCCACAGAUAAGGCCAAAGCUAUGGCUAGUGAGCAUAAUUUGGUGGGGUAUCAAGAAUGCUCAGCAUUGACAGGUAAAGGUGUGGAACAAGUGUUCCAAACAAUUGCUGAACACGCGGUCAGACGAAAACGCGUUGUUGCCACUCAAAAGAAAAACCAAGAUACCAAUUCGAUCCGUUUUUCAAAUUUACCAGAUUUACCAACUGCAUGAAGUCCUUAUCCUUUCCUUCCUGGUUCUUAUACCACUUAGCCGUGCUAAAACCGCCUCUUUAUGUUCAAAAGUGUUUACCCUGCAAAAGUGUGGAGAGAGUUUGUCAAAAUAUUGCAGGAGUGUGUGUGUGUGUGUGUGUGUGUGUGUGUGUGUGUGUGUGUGUGUGUGUGAAAGGGAUGGGGCAUAUGUGUUUCAAUUUCACUUUUGUUCGCACAGUUCACAAUGUAUCUUUUACAUUGUUGAUUCAGACUGUGCACCAGAUGCUGUGGCAUACUCUGUGGCAUUUUCCCGGAAUGUUUGUGUCUUUCUGUAAACUGUAACACUUGGAAAGCCACAAAUCUCAAUUCACAGUGAAUUCACGCAAGGUCGCGGGCCAUUCAAUUUUAACUUUCAUGGCCGAUAGGACAAACGUGAUUUAUUCAUUUAGGUUCAUCAUCAACAAUCCGAGAGUAAGAAUGUUCCAUUUGUGGUGACGUUGAAUGUCCUGGCAACAGUACAAAUGCUCGGAGAAUGCUGAUGGCUCGAUUUCUAUAUUUUUUUAGUGACAAAAUUGAAAGGUUAGACGAUAACGCAGUUUUAAAAAAAAUAAACAAACACCUAAACCUUUAUCAAAAAUCAAAGAAAAGAAAAA